ACAACUCGACUAUGGCCGGAAGGAUAAUGGAAUCCUCUGAUAAAUACGUGUAUUUUAUCAUUGAGGACGGCUAUGAUAUCGGGAAAAUAUGCUACAUUGAGGAAGGCAAGUACUAUAAAAGUCAGAGCCAAGGAGACACUUUAUUGCGAGCCCACGUUCUGGGCAAGUGGGAGAUGUCUCUUAAGUCUAAUUCAGUCAAUAAACUGAAAAGGAGGGAAGCAGAAUUCCUUCUUGCCCUGGAUGACGAAAAGAACAGGAUCGCUGCUUUUCGGGACAGAGAGCAGCUGGACCUCGCCCUCAGGCUUACCGAGAACAGCCCAGUCACAGUGGAGGUGAAGGGGGAGUGGUGUCAAGGGCUGAUCCGCUACAUUGGGGCGCCCAAACGCGCAAAAAGCUUUGAUCCCAUUACAGGAAUCUACUUUGGGAUUGAAUUGACGGUGAAAGAUAAAGGAAAAAGAUUCUGUGACGGGUGGUAUGGUGUUGAGAAACGCUUCCCCGGCAGUAAGGAAUAUGACACUUUUGUCCCCUUCACCAAAGUUCGAUCCUUGGACCAAAACCGCCCAGGUUCCCCCAAACUACUGGAGUCUCCGAAACCACUGAAACCACUGAAACCACCGCGGAUCCCAGAGUCCCAGGAGGCCCCUGUGGAGGCCUUGGGCGUUGGAGACAGGGUGACCUUCUUCAUGGAGGACGAGUGCCGUAACGGCAUGGUGAUGGAUCUGCAGAUGGACAAAGGCAGGACAUUCGUGCUCAUAUCACCGGACGUGAACGAGAAGAAUAGCAGCACAGAGCCCUUGGAGAUUCCUCUGGAAGCCAUCAUUAGAGAGGAGCUCCUCCCACCAGAUGCCGGUGCGGAGGCUCGGGUGAAGCCGGGCGCAGGGGCCCCCUCCGCGGGGCCCCUGGAGCACGUCAGCCUGAACUCCGUGGUGGAGGUGGACCUCGGUCACGGGAAGACGAUCUGCGGGACGGUGUGCUGGAUCGGCGAGCUGCCAGGAAUGCAGGGGAUCCGCGUUGGGCUGGAGCUGAAUGAGCCCAAUGGAGCAACAGAUGGAACGUUCCGGGGGGUGCGUCUGUUCACCUGUCUGCCCAAAAUGGGUCUGUUCGUGAAGCUGGACUCCUGCCGACCAGACCCCCGUUUCCAGCCCCCCGGAGACGGGUUGGGGCUGCGACCCACAAGCCCGGCCCCCAAACACACAGGUCCAAACCUGGCCCCCAAACACACAGGUCCAAACCUGGCCCUCAAACAGACUGGUCCAAACCUGGCCCUCAAACAGACGGGUCCAAACCUGGCCCUCAAACAGACGGGUCCAAACCUGGCCCUCAAACAGACGGGUCCAAACCUGGCCCUCAAACAGACGGGUCCAAACCUGGCCCUCAAACAGACGGGUCCAAACCUGGCCCUCAAACAGACGGGUCUAAACAUGGCGCUCAAACAGACGGGUCCAAACCUGGCCGUCAAACACACGGAUCCAAACCUGGCCCUCAAACAGACAGGUACAAGCCUUCCCCUCAAACACACGGCUCGAUUUGACUCAUGUCAAAUGAGGAGGGGGAACAUUAAACAAGGAUGUGUGAAGACGUGUUUGUUUGAUUAUGAAAAAUGAACUAAAUUGAGGAAAAAGUGCAUUUUGAUUUCAGCUUGUCAGUAAGUAGUGUCGGGUCAUGUGACUCAACUCUUGACAAAGCCAUAGAGGAUCUAGGAAAUUGCAAAAAGUAAAAACUGUCUGUCUCUGUGUGUUUGGACGUGCAUGUGUACACUUCUGUAUGUAUUACCAUGUACAUGUGUAUGGAAUGUGUGUGUGUGUAUGCGUGCGCAUAUGUUGUGUGUGUGUGUGUGUGUGUGUGUGUGUGUGUGUGUGUGUGGGGCGACAUGGCUCAGGCAGUAAGAGCGGUCGUCUGGCAGUCGGAGGGUUGCCGGUUCGAUCCCCCACCCUGGGUGUGUCGAAGUGUCCCUGAGCAAGACACCUAACCCCCAAAUGCUCCUGACAAGCUGGUCGGCGCCUUGCAUGGCAGCCAAUCACCAUUGGUGUGUGAGUGUGUGUAUGAAUGGGUGAGCCCUGUUCCCGGAGAUCCACUGUCCUCUUUUCUUCUAGAGCCUAAUUUGGCUGUUGAACGAGGUGUGCUUCUUUUUUUUUUGGUUGAAGUGAAAACCUAGAGGUUGAUAGAUCUCCAGGAACAGGGCUGACCAGUCAUGGUCUAGAGUUUCACUUUCUUUGGGUACAUCCCAAAAGUCUCUCUUUCUACGUGUGUAUGGACUAGAACAGCCAUCACCAAAUCUGGACCUCCUAAUUCGGCCCUGGUGUCCGAUCGCUUCUCUCUCUCUCUGUGUCCUGUAGUCUCUCUCUCUGUGUCCUGUAGUCUCUCUCUCUGUGUCCUGUAGUCUCUCUCUCUGUGUCCUGUAGUCUCUCUCUCUGUCUGUGUGUCCUGUAGUCUCUCUCUCUCCCUGUGUCCUGUAGUCUCUCUCUCUGUCUGUGUGUCCUGUAGUCUCUCUCUCUGUCUGUGUGUCCUGUAGUCUCUCUCUGUGUAUCCUGUAGUCUCUCUCUCUCUCCCUGUGUCCUGUAGUGUCUCUCUCUCUGUGUCCUGUAGUCUCUCUCUCUGUCUGUGUGUCCUGUAGUCUCUCUGUGUCCUGUAGUCUCUUUCUGUGUAUCCUGUAGUCUCUCUCUCUCUCUCUCCCUGUGUCCUGUAGUAUCUCUCUCUCUGUGUCCCGUAGUCUCUCUCUCUCUGUCCUGUAGUCUCUCUCUCUCUGUCCUGUAGUCUCU